AUGCACCAUGAUUCCUGUCCAAUGGAUUGUAAGGUGUAUGUAGGUAAUCUUGGAAACAAUGGAAACAAGACUGAAUUAGAACAGGCUUUUGGCUAUUAUGGACCACUCCGAAGAGUGUGGGUUGCUCGAAACCCUCCUGGCUUUGCGUUCGUUGAAUUUGAGGAUCCCCGAGAUGCCGCUGAUGCUGUCCGAGAGCUAGAUGGAAGAACACCACGCGGCUGCCGUGUAAGAGUGGAACUUUUGAAUGGUGAAAAAAGAAGUCAGAAUCGUGGCCCACCUCCCUCUUGGGGUCGUCGCCCUCAUGAUGAUUACCAUAGGAAGAGUCCUCCACCUCGGCGAAGAUCUCCAAGAAGGAGAAGCUUCUCUCGAAGCCAGAGCAGGUCACUUUCUAGACAUAGAAGAGAAAGGUCUCUGUCUCUCGAGGGAAAUCACAAGCCUUCUCGAUCCUUCUCUGGGUCUUGUAGCCGAUCUAGGUCAAAUGAAAGGAAGCAGAAGACCAGUUUGCAAAAGAAGUGAUGUACAGGAAAGAACUUCAUUUGACAGGAGUAUGUACAGGAAAUUCAAGUUUGGUUUGAGACUUCAUAAGCUUGGUGCAUUUUUAAGAUGUUUUAGCUGUUCAAAUUUGUUUUGUCUCUUGGAACAGUGACACACAUAACGAUGUAAUCC